AUGCUGUCCAGAAGUGUAGGUCGUGCUUGUUACAGUACAAAUAUCACUCAGGAUUUCAUUAACGAUCUGUUAGUGAGAGCCAAAGAGGCUACUACACAUUCAGUUACUGCAAAGAACCAACAAACACAAAAUAAAAGAACUAACAACAGAAAUAAUACCUCUAAUUAUAAUAAUAAUCGUGGUCCUAGAACAGGGAAUAAUGGAAGUUAUAAAAUUGCUCAAAAUGGUCAAAAUAAAGAGAGAUCAUUUAACAAUAGGAAAUUCAAUAGAUAUGACAGACAAGAAUUCGAUAACCGCAGUCAUAAGGGUGAAGUAAUGACAAAUUCAAAUGCAAAGAGUGAUAUUACUUUGCAACAACCUCAAUUUGCUGAUAAGAAAAACGCUGGGUCCGAAUCUAUUGAUUUUAUCGAUAUUAUUCAAGAUCAAGAUAAGACAAAGACUCAUUCCUCUAGAAAACCAUUCACUCAAAGAAAGAGAGAAUCAAGGGGUAAAAAGCCAUAUACUAGAUCGACUGCAACGAGUAACUAUCAGAACAGACAACGUCCUAAAGUUGAGGUAGCUUCUGAACUAUAUUAUCCAGAGGAUAAUACUCCUGAAUCUUUAUUAAAAUAUUCUUCUGACAUAUAUUCUAUUCAAUCGUCAAGGUCUAAAAAUUUAGCUGUAAAUGAAUUGAUAAACUCUAAUUUCCCUGUAAAUAGACAACCAAAUUUUUCAUCUACAUCCAGAUAUACUCCUUUAUUUCAAGGUACUAAUUCAUUUGGGAAAUAUAUGCCUGCUCAUUCUUUAAUUUUACAACAAGAAGCUCAAUUAAAGAACCAUGCUGUAGAAAGUGAUAAUUUAAAAUUUGCAAUGGCAGUUAAAGGUAAAUACAACCCAUUAUUAUCCUUAACUUCAAAAGAUUUCGAAUCCAUUUCUUCAAACAAAACAACUCAAGAAAGCCUUUUACAAAACAGCAAAGCUGUAGGACUUGCAUUACAAAAUAAUGUAGAUAUGAAUAGAGAUCCAAAAAGAUUUAACUUAAUCUUUGAAGUUUGCUCCGGUCUAAAACCACUUUCUGAAUUAAACAAAUAA